AUGGCCAAGCGAUCCGACGUAUUCAAACACACCUUCAGGCUGAAGAAGGAGACGUCACCGGAGUUCGAGAGCGCAGUCGCGGGGCUGCGGGCAGAGGGCAGGGCGCAGCCAGGCCGCUUCAGACUCCACCUCCGCGACCACGUCUUCUGCAUCGAGUUCAUGUCGAAACAGUACAGGGAAAGCCCAUUCCAGGUCGACGUCCUCUUCGCCCAGGCGGAGAAGGAGCACGAGAUGGCCUUCUCCUUCGACUUCUCCACCUUCAGCAACACCUUCUACUUCGAUUUGAAGAAGACGAACAAAUUCGACACAAACAAAGAAUUAAGCAUAACCAUAUGCAUAAACAAGACUAAUCCAACAAACUGCUUCUGUGGCCUGGUGAACCUGGGGGCGACCUGCUACAUCAACUCGCUGCUUCAGACGAUGCGCUACAUGUUCCACUUCCAGAAGGAGCUCUUUGAGGCCGAAGACGGCUUCUACACCACGAACCUGAAGCGCCUCUUCUACCAGAUGUCCACGAACCCGUCUGGCGCCGAAAGGACGCUCUCGUCGCACUUCGUGCACAACCUGCCCUUUGUUGCCUCUGUUUCCGAGCACCAGGACGUCCACGAGUUCUCGAAGCUGCUCUUUGACCGCCUCGAGGCGGAGAACAAGAGCGUCAUCAAAAACAACUUCGAAGGUGCCCAUAAAAUCGUGUUUUCCUGCGACUGCGGCUGCACCGUUGAAAAAGAGGAGUCGUUUCAGGACAUUUCGUUGCAGAUGAAUCGGAGCCAGAGCCUGGCUGAGUCGAUGGCCGCCUUCUUCGAGGACGAGGCCAUCGACGAGUUCCGCUGCGAGACGCACGGGGCGACGGCGGCGACGAAGUCGACGCGUGUCCACCGCGGCCCCCGCUACCUGCUCGUCCUGGUCGGCCGCUUCUCGUUCGACUGGGAGUCGAAUUCGCCCCUGAAAAACAACGGCCACUUUUCGUAUCCGCCUGAACUCGACCUGGGCGCCUUCUGCGCCGAUUCGGCGGCCUCUGAGCGCUACGCGCUGCUGAGCACCGUCGUGCACGCUGGCAGUGCCAGCCAGGGCCACUUCUACGCGUUCGUGCGAAUUGGAGGCCGCUUCUACAAAUUCAACGACGAGGCCGUGACGGAGGCGACUGAGGAGGAGGCCGUCGACUGGAACUUCGGUGGCGAAAACGCCUUCACGGGCAGAACGAAGAAGUUCAGUGCCUACUGCCUCGUUUACGAAAAGAAGGCAGAUUACGAAAAUAAGGCAGAAUCAGGCGGAAUCUUCUUCCUCGAAAAUGUCCCAGAGGCAUUGACGAGGGAGCCAGUGACUGAGACAGUCGCAGUCCUCGACAGCCGCUUUCUCUCAGGCGCAUUCUGCCCUGGCGCCUACGCCACCGGCGCAGACUACGCGGCCAGGAGGCCACAGACGGUGGAGCUGUCGCAGUUCGACAGCCUCCCAUCACUGAUCAGAGACAAAGACGCCUACCAAAUGCAAAAUGGUCGAUUUGAGAAGGUGACCAAAAACAUAGGCGGAACAGCCCCCCUUGUUCUGGUCGAAAAGGGCCCAGGCACCUUCGUCAUUUUGAAGACGUUUCAGGAGACGCCGUCUUGUUCGACCUGCCCAGAGAAGUUGAAGACGGUCGGAGCCACCCGAAUCAGGCGACUCGAGGAAAUCACAGGGGUGGAAGAGGGAAUAGGCGCAUUCAGGGAACAGGCUGACGGAGUCGAGAGAAUCGAGAGAUUCGAUGACGUCAGAGAGGGCGACGUCCUCGUCGCCACCGCCUGCGACGGCAGUCUCCUCGGCGACUACGUCGAAUUCCUCAGAAAACGAAGGUGCCUCUUCGUCCAAGUCGGCGACCAGCAGCUGCCCCUCUUUGCAGAGAGGCAGCUUGGCCAGGCCGAGCUGGCCCAGGAGAUCCAGCGCACCUUCCUCUCUCCCCUUCCUCUGCUUUCUGGUGGCGUAGCCACUGGCAACCUCCUUCGAGUCGAAUUCGACGAGCCAGUCAACGUCUUCUACGUUGGCUCCCUCUUCGGCCGCCUCAAUGUCGGUGCAAUUCCACACGUUCAUCCUUUCGUCCUUCCUGCAGCUGCAACUCGGGCUGACUUCGUCAGACUCCUUCGUCGCAGCACCCACCCCUGUUUGAGAGGCGUCUACGGCCUCGAUUCCAUUUCGGUGAUGCAGACGCACAGGCAGGUGCCAGCUGUGACCGUGGUGGAGAAUGAGACCGAUCUGAUGCCAGUUGGUGGGCUGAUUGUGGUCAGAGAGAGGCUGACUGAUCCACUGGUGGUCUGUUUCAUUGAUUCAUUCAGAAACAUCGUUGAUUACCCAAUUGUGGUGGAGAGGGUGAAGACAGUUGCAGAAUUCAGGAGGAAAUACAUGGUACUGGGAAGAAUAUUCAGGAAAGGAGGAGUUGGAGAUGAGUGUGUAGAAUGUGGGGAUGAUGAGAUGGUUGAUAUGGGAGAAAAAGGAUAUUUAUUAGUGGAGCAGUAG